CCAUUCCUGUGUCUUGGGUCGUUGUGUAGCGAUAUUUAUAGAUAGUAUAAUCUAUAAUUGCUACUUUCUCUGUUGACGCUAAAUGAUUCAUGAAAAUUAAUUUAUAUGGAUAAAAACUAUUUUGAAAUGCAUUUAUUAGAAAGGAGUAUCUAAAACAUACUCCUACGAUGAUCAAAACGAGUAAUAACAUUUAAUUUAAUAAACCUAAGACCAGCAGAUGGUGAUAUGGCAACAGUGAGUUGUAUCAAAACACAAGAUCCAAACACUGAUAACACUAACUGGCUCAACCUUAACUACCCUGCUGAACCUUAACUACCCUGGCCCGGGGACUGUCAAGACAAGAAUGGAGGUGACAAAGGACAAUUUCAAAGAGGUCCUGCCUAGUGUACUAAGUGCAAUUGAAAAUGCAGACUUUGUGGCUGUUGAUGCAGAAUUCACUGGUUUGCGUCACCAUGGGACGUCAAAAUACUGUGAGCUUGAUACUCCAGAAGAAAGAUAUGCCAAAAGCAGAGCGGCUGCACAGAGUUUUGGAAUGAUUCAGUUUGGAGUUACAACAUUUCGAUAUGUUAAAGAGAAAUUUGCAUACUCCCAUGCAACUUACUGCUUUUAUCUGCUGGGGAAAGCAGGGGACAUACUGUAUUAUGAUAAUAACAGUCUGAAAUUCUUGGCUGACAAUGGAUUUGAUUUCAACAAAUUGUUUAAAAGUGGACUUCCUUACCUCUCUUUGGCACAAGAAGCUGAGAAAAGGGCAGAGUAUAAAACCCAAUCCUUAGAACCACAAAUGCCAUCUCCCAUAAAGGUAGCAGAGGAAAAUGCCAGAAAAUUCUUGAAAGAGACAGAGGCCAAAAUGGAUGCGUUUAUGGUGGAUGAGUCACAGGACGUUCUUUUGCUUCCUGGCAGUAACAUUUCUUCUUUUUUUCGUAAGAUCUUGUAUAAUAAUAUUGCAGCCCUGUACCAGAAUAUUCUUGUUCGCUGUGUAACAACAGACAGUGAAAGAAACAUUGAAAUACGCAAGUUUGAAUCAUCGGCAUCUAGAAUCAAAUUUCUUGAGGAAGAAAGAGAACAAAGAUUAGAUGAAAAGAUGGGCUUCACUCAUGUGAUCCAUAAGAUUUUGGAAACUGGAACACCAAUUGUGGGUCACAAUCUUAUUUUAGACCUGUUUCAUAUGAUUGACAAAAUGGUUCAGCCUCUGCCAGAGCAACAUGAACAGUUCAAGAACUUGGUUAAAUGCAAUAUUCCCACUAUAUAUGAUACCAAACUCAUAGCAAAAGAUCCUCCAUUCUGUGUAGACAUUCCAAUUACGUCUUUAGGGAUCUUGUACAGUGAUCUGUGUACCAAGUAUAGUCCCCCAGACUUUAAUGUUGAAGAUGGUUAUGAAAGUUACAACAUUGAAGACAACAGCAAGGCCCAUGAUGCAGGCUAUGAUGCAUUCAUGACGGGCGUUUGCUUUGUUACCAUGGUCAAGAAACUAGAUGGUAUACAUUGGAAGAAUAAAUCAGUGAUAAAGUCAAAACAUCUUGCUCCUUAUGCCAAUAGAGUGAACAACAUGAACUCAUAUGACAUUCCAUUCCUAAACCUGGUUGGAGCUGAUGUCCAGGUUAACAGGAGCAGAAUAUUUUGUGUGGAAUGUCCUUCCUCUUGGACUGCAGUACAUGUCCAUUCACUCUUUCACAUGAUCAAACCUAUGAAACUAGUAUGGGUGAACAGCACUUUCCUGUAUGUCAUUCCCCUGGAUGAUAUAGACAACAAGGCCUGUAAACAACAUCUCAAGACUCUUCAUGCCAACUGUCCUCCACUGGUGCGUAUAAGGUUGUAUGGGGACACAGGAAGCUCAAAAAGAAAGUCUGUAUCUGAUGAAGUUCCCCCGGGAGUAGAGACCUGUGCAAGUCGUGUACAAGAGUUCAAGAGACUGAAAAGUAUUGGAUCAGAUCAACUCUCAAAGAUGACUUUAGAAUCUCCCAGUGCUGAAGAAGCUCCUCCUAUAGUCAGUGGAGAUAAUGGCAAGAGAUUGGUAACUGAUGGUGUGUUUUCUGUACCUGAUGAGUGGUAGUUGAUCAAGAAUGGUUAGUGUUCCUCACUGGUGGAUGCUCAGUGUUGAAUAAAUUUAAUGGUUUUUAGUAUUUGAAAUUAAUAUGAUUUAGAGAUUAUGAGUAAAAGGUAUGUUUUGAGAAGUGAUCACUUCCAUUUAUUGCUCAUGUAAUAUAAAUAUUUUGGCCUGCGUAAGCAUUUCCCAUAGAGUCAGUACAUUAUAUAAUGAAGUGUCAGCCUCUAGAGGUUCCAGAAAAUUUAUCAAAACCUAAAACCACAUUUGUCCAUUUCAUUUUUUUUUUAAUAUUUCUGUACCAAGGAAACUAUAUUAUUUACAAUACAAUACAGUAUAUAUUUUAUCUUCUUUGCCACUGAUUGGUCUGCUAAAAUAUUUUUUUGGAGGUGAUAAUAUUCUCCAUACAUUUUUUUUUCUAGUAUUUAAACUGAUACCAGGAUCAAUUUUUUUUUAAUCCUCCUUCAUAUUUAAACUCAGAUGAAUGUAGCUCAUUAUAGAAUUCCUCCCUCUCUACUGCUGGGGGGUAAAACCUAUUGUAUUCUUAUUGCUGAAUAUACAGUACAUGUACUGUAUAUUGUAUUACAAAUUUUUUGAGAGAAUUUAAACAUACCUGUACAGUAUAAUGAAGGAGCUCAUAAUUACAUGUAUGCCUAUCUGGUAUCAUUCAGGAUAUCCUGUCAAUGUUAUAUUACAGUAUCAUGUUUUAAGUCGCCCUAAUUGAAAAACUUAUGUCCAUGGGAAAAUUUGGGCACACUUAAUUUCUUGUUUUACAUUGUAAUGGUGUUAAACAAAUGCAAUGAAUUCAGACAAGUUACCACAAAUUUCUUUUGUAAAUCAGAUUCAGGGAAAGAAUAUGAUAGAUCAUUGUGUUAAAGGGUAAAUGUGACAAUAUUUUUACUAAUUACCCUAAAUUGAAAUUGUGUCCAGAUCAUUUCAUAAUGACAUUGGUAACAUUGUACAGGUACCGAAAUUUUUAACACUACACGUAUUUUUGUAUUUUUGAUAAGUGGAUCCUUUGUACAAAAUGGCUAGUUGUUAAUAAAAUGUAUGUUUUACGUGUGCACAUUCAAUUUGGAAUGUAAUAAGAGACACAAAUUUUUUUUUUCCAUUUCUCCAUAAGGGUGAUUGAGAACAUGUUCUCAUUUAAGUAUUGAAAGUUAAGAAAAUAUGGGUAUGGAAGUUGAGGAUAUGAGGAAGUGUGGUGUUGGGUGACCUGCAUCAGGUGGACUGGAGCUCUGGCAGUCCCUUGCAAUCUUGGUAACCUGAGGGUUGUCUUGAGUCCACUCUUGCCACAGGAACUUGGUGAUCAGGACCAAGCUGGUGGUGGUGGGAUCAGCUCACCCCCACCGUCACGAUAAUCCCUUCACCGCGCAAGCCAAAUGUUUCAUUAUUUCAUCUCCAUCAUCAUCAACACAAUUUUAUAGUCAUGUGGCGGUGGGAUAGGGUGAUGGGAACAGGCUGAGGAUGUGGCCAUAAGUCACUAGCCCGAGUCCUGCAUGUAGGCGGCAUGAGAGUGAUGGUCAAUGGCUAGAUGGGACAAGGAACGGUUCCUGCUUCGGCAGCUUCCUACGCAACUGAGCAGCCCUCUUCAGGGAGCCUCACCGCAAAGACACAUCAGAUCUCUCGAGGCCUUCUAUAUCCGUUGUUUGCAGCAUAUUCUUGGUCUGACCUGGCAGGACAGAGUCCUUCAUACAGACAUCCUCCUGCGUGCCAACACAACUAGCAUAAAGGCAUUUCUGGCGAAGUGACACAUGCAAUGGGCGGAACACGUCAUUCGCAUGCCAGAGCACCGACUCUCCCACCAGAUCCUCUACGGGCAGCUGCCCGAGGCAAACUGCAACCCUGGAGGACAAUGCAAACAAUUGCAUCCGAUCAUAGUCUAUAGCACUCCACCUGUACUCAAGGUGUCAAACAUCUUGAGAAUGGGUGUAAUAGGGUCAGAUGUGCACAUAGGGAAAGGAGACACAAUCGCCCUCCCAGAGACCUCCCACCCAACCCAGAGUUGUCGUUCUCAAUGUGCAAUAGAGUCUGUGGGUCAAGUAUCGGACUCCAGUGGCACCACCGACAACAUUCCUAGUUCACCACUCAUCAUCAUCAUCAAUUUCAUAAUGAAGCAGAGUCGUUGUCAGCUACGACGGACAGCCUUAAGCAAGUAAGUGUGUGUGUGUGUGCACGUGAGUGUGUGAAGUGUCUCCACCUUUUUGCUUCAGCCCUUUCCUGAUGCUUUCUGCACCUCUUGUUUUCUUUUCUCUUAUUUCCUCUUUCUUGAUUCACCCUCAUCCAUGUAGUAAUAGAUGAGAGAGAGAUAAAUAAAUAUGAAACAUGCCAGUUGUGGAUCAGAUAUUAAAAUUUAUAAAUGGGCGUUUCUCGAGACCGCAGAGGUAAGUCGUUUAGAUAAUCAAUUUGUUUAAUGUGCAAAGUUUGUUUCAUGUGUAAGGAAUAAACCUUAGUAAUUCAUUUGAAGAAACAAAAGGAAAAUUUUGCAUUUUUUUAAUAUUGUAAUUGGUGCUUGUUUACAUGUGGGAUGAGUGAGCGGUGUGAAAUAAUGUUGUGUGGUUGUUUAAUAAUGGAUGUGGUAAUACAUGUACAGUACAGCUAUUCCUCUAUUUUUUAACGUUCACUAUAAAAAAUUUCUCAUUAACAAGAUAGACAAAGUACGGACCAUCUUUCUGUAUACACAAGCAAAUUUUACAUUUAUGAAACCCUGGGCAGGUAUGAAGCAUAUAGCUGCCGCCAUACCAAAGAUUAUGUGGGGUAUACACACCAAUUUUAUCAUUCAGAACAUUUGAUUGAAAAAUUAACGUAUCACUAUGUUAUAAAAACUACACUGAACUCUCACUAAUUUCUUAUUCACAAUUAAAUAUUGUUUUAACCAUACAGUUUUGUAGCCAUUCCUCACAGAAGAUUUUUUUUUUUUAAAGAAACACUUAAAAUUUAUAAAAGUAACAUGAACUUCCCACAUAUAUAUAUAUAUAUAAUAAAUACAAUAAAAAAUAAAAAGGUGUGUGCAAGAGAUCUCUAUCCCAUAGCUGUCUGUCAACUGCCCACCCACCACCAACUAGAGAACACAUCCAUAUCUACCCACUUUAACCAGCUUAUGAUAUUGUAUUAAAACCUUAUGCAUCUACAGUAAUAACUGUAAGAAUGCAUAGAAUAACUAUAUAACUUGUGGUAAUGAAUGAUUUAUUAAGAAGUGUGUACAGAACACUGUCAGUUGUUAAUACUCAUGUUAUAUAGUAACACACUUGUUAUUUCUUUAUACUGUACAGGGUGUGGUUGGCAGAGCACUGGCAGGAUUUUUUUUACUCAUUAUGCACAAAAUGGAGCAAUUUUUAAAGAAUUAUUACAUACAUUCAUAUACACAACCUUGGGACAAUCAUCUAAAUGCUAGAGGCUUCUAGCUGAGUAUGCACAAUGUGAUCUUUUGUAAGUGUAUUUUAAAAUGUUUAAAACAUUUAUAUUUUUUAGAGAACCUUUAAUAUUUCAUGAAACACAACCGAAAUAUAUUAAUAAAUUGUAAACAUAUUAUUGGGAUUAAAGAAUCAUUACUGUGCAUGCAUAAUCACCAUCUCAGGGCCAUUUGUCAACUAACAGCCACCCCCACAAUGCCCCCUCCCCACUAUCUACACCCAAUUUUACCAGUCUUGUGAUAUUAAAACAGUAAUUACAUGUAUGUAAUAACUAAUAACUGUAACAGUAUAUAAAAUAAUUACAGUAGUACUGUACAAAAGUUAACAAAUCUUUUGAGAAGGAAGCCUCUUUAUAAUGAAGUCUGCAGUAAAUAAUCAAAUAAUUAAAACUUGGAAAAAAUGUAAUGCAAUUCAAAAUAUCUAAAUUUUCAUGUACAUUGUGAACCUUCCUGAGUGGAGGUUUGUUUGUAAUGUAUCAUCAACAAAUCAGUGAAGAGCUUCAUGAGUCUUCAUUUAUAAACCUGUUGUGUAAUUGUUCACUGUUUUAAGUUUCUGUGCUCUUAUUUCACAUAGUCAAUAUUAGAGGCAAUUCAGGGUAAAAAGUAUUUUGUGAGGAAUGUUUUGGAAUGAUCUACAACGUACUAUAACACGUGUCAGUGUUGGUCAGGUGUGGUCUUAAAGGAGCUCACACUUGGUGCUAUCACAAUAUUCUCUCACUCCAAAGUAGUUAGCUCUGAUAAUUUUCUGUACUUAUGGCUUUUUUAAUGUGAGGCUGUGACCAUUAGUGUAAGAAGACCAUUAAAUAGGUUUGAGUGUUUAAUUUGUUGGAGAAACACUAAAUAUUUUAAUAUGUUUCAUUACACUUGUUUUUUAAAGGUUUAAUCUCAAACAAAGACAAUCUAUUACCUAAUGAAAACAUAGAUUCCUUUGUCUUUAAUAGUUGGCAGGAUGGGUGGGCAAACUCUAUGCUAGUUACCAUGCACAAUUCACGACAUCUUGAGUUCUAUUGCUUCAUUGGAACACAUCCUUAUGCCUCCUGUGUUAUAUCUACCUCUGGUAACAAAGUUUCUUUCAACAAAGUGAAAUCAUGGAUUGUAGCCACUUAGUUAACAGAGGUUUAUUAUACAUAAACUGUCUGAUGAAUAAUUUGUUGAAAAGCGUGUUCAUCUUAUUCUCCUUUUCACAGUCAUUCAUCAACUGAUGUUCCUUCACCAAGCUCAUAUCAUUUAAUAAUGACUAAAAUCACCACUGAGAUUAUACUCUUGCUGUUUCUUGAUAAAAUGAACACUUGGUGAAGCUCAAAUGUGGAUUAUAAAUAAAGAAAAUAUAAUAUAAAGCUAUAAAAUGAGAAAAAUGGAGAGCAUUGAUGUGUGAAAUGAAUCAUUGAGUUGCCACAGCGCCCCCCUCAAUGUAACAUCUUGGCAUGCACACACACACACAAGUCUCUGAGUCACCAGCAUAAUUUCCCAGCUGAACUGUGUGGCUCCGCCCAGAGGAUGGUUUGAGUGUGGGAGGAGCUAUAUUUUGUGCAUAAAAUAUGUGCUGUUGUAUUUUACAACAUGCUAUGUAACAUUUUUUUUUUU